GUUUUAAAACCCAAAUACGUUUUGAAUUGCCUGAGUGGGUUACAUUUCAGACUAUAUCAUAUAUUUUCAUUAACAUUAGAUUAAAGGAAUACACAUGAAAAAUGAUAUCUGAUGGAUAUCGGAUACUCAUAAAAACAUUUAAUGAUUCUUGUGUUUUUAUUAUUAUCAUAUUUUCUUAUCCCCCCCCCCUACUUUUUAGAAACUUUUUUUGAUUACAAUUUGAAAUUCAAUGUAGCGCGAGUGCUGCCUAGUGAGUAAAAAAAUAUUCUGCUCACCAAGUGGCUUUCCUGUCACGUGAAUAGAAAAAGAAACCAACUCACGUCUACUUGUUUUUUGUUUGUUUUUUUAAAAACUUCAAAUUUCAACAUGUUAUUUUAGCAUAGUCUGUCCAAAUAAUGACGGAGGCUUUUUAGCUUUACAUGCCAAAGAAUAGACUGUGUAUCUCAAGACUACCAUUUGUCUAGACAAUAAAAACACACCCAUGAAAAAACGGAUUGUUUCGGGGGUUUUUUUAUAUCUCGAAUUGGAGCCACAAUAGGACUGAUUUGGAAAAGGUGGAUAAAGUUCUAAAUAAAAAUGUAAAAAUAAGAAAAUAAUAUAUAUGUCUUCAAAAUUCUCCUGAAAACCGAGCACGUUACAGUUGGACAAAUCAAUGUACAGAUCUCUUUAUUCCAUGCAGAUUACAUUUUGUUAAAAUCAUAAUACCUUGGGGUCGGUAUGGGCCCACGAAGAGGUUCGUGCAUAGUUUCACAAAAAAGAGUAUUCAGUCCUAGAUGAUACAAGCCAGGCUUAAAAAUCGUACACUGAAAAUGUCGGGGGUUAAAACUAUCCUGAAAAUGUCGGGGUCAAAACUCCUAUACUGAAAAUAUCGGGAGUUAAACCUUUUGCACUGAAAUUGUUUGGGUCUUAAAUUUUAUCAAAAUCUGGUGUCUCAAGUUAUCUUUGUACCUUUAGCGGAGCUUGCCAGUCCCUUUGCCUGUCACUAGGUUGUGUAUACUCCCAGCUGCAUGUGAAUCAAAAGAACAUUACUCAUUGGCUUAAAUUAAUUGUGUUUGAUUUCUAUACAUGGCAAAAAGCAAAUAAAACAUUUAUGUAUAUGUUGUUUCUCAAUCUUUUAUUUUCUCUCGAUAAAACCACUUAUCAACUUGACAUUGAAAUUUACAUAUACACUUUACAUACAUGUAUAUUCAAGAUGAAUUUAUCCCGCAUAAAUAAAUAAAUAAAUAUAUAUAUACAAUCGGAUUUAUUGAAAUCAGACAGAACGGGAUGAGUGUGCAUCAUAUAAUUAAUUUCUAAUACAUAACAUCGAGGGAUUCAUGCAAUCUUGUAUAAAGGAUAUCGAUUCAUUGUGUAAAUAUGUUCCGUCUAGUAUUUUCCAAAUUACGUAAUGAAUUCUCCAGCAAUUGUAUCACUACUGUAUACUUCUUUGAUUCUGGAAUUUACGCUGCAUUUCUAAACGUUUAAUGUUUGUUAUAUAUAUAGACGAAGAGUUUCUUGCAUGAUGCCAGGAUUAACCUGCGCGAGUAUAAAAAGCCGGCUACUACAGCGUGAGGUGAUAUAGUCUGAUUUGGCAGUUUGGAGAAUCGUGAAAAAAAAAAGUCAUGUCUCGCUUAGUUCCUGUUGAUUAUUUUGAUUGGGGAUUUUUUGACAGACAAAAGUCACUCUUUCCAAAGUUUCAAAGCAAUUUUAAUGAAAGUUUUGAGGAUUUCGACAAGGAAUUAGAAAAAAUUAGAAAAGAAAUGUUUCAGUUGACCCCCAUGGACUUCGACUUUGGUGCCGGGUUUGGCAAAGACCCAUUUAGUACAGACUUCUUUGGAAAGGAUCCUUUCGCGGGGUUGGGAUCCAGUAUGGGGGGCGGAUCCAACAUGCUAAAAGUGGAGAAACCAUUCGUAGAAGACAUUUCUGGAAAUAAGAAACUGAAUUUGAAAUUCGACUGCAGUCAGUUUAAACCGGAAGAGAUAACGGUAAAGACCGUGGACCGGAACUUGACCGUACACGCGAAACACGUGGAGGAAUCUCCAGGAAAAAAGAUCCAUAGAGAGUUCACAAAGUCCUACGUCCUUCCGGACAAAAUAGACCCCAUGAAGGUCACCUCUUCCUUGUCAGGUGACGGCGUCCUCUGUAUCGAGGCCCCGGCACCUCAAAGUGUGGAAACCCGCAGUGAGAGAAUUAUUCCUAUUGAAAAACUGGCCAUCAAGUAACAUUUAAAUUGGACCCUAGCAAGGACGCACGUUGUGUAGAUAUGCGUACGUGUGUUUAUUUUGAUAAUACAGGAAUCAUAUUUCUUAUGAGGAUGAAUAAUAAAAUAUGUAAGUGUAA